UUUUUAUUUUUUAUCUCUCUCUCUUUUUUCUCUUCUCAUGGUGCAAAGCUUAAAUAUUUCAGGCAUCGUCAAUGCGUUUCGUAUAUUAUGGAAUCCCAGUUUAGCUAUGCCUCACAUUAUUGUGCAUGAUAUUCGUGGUAUCAAUUAUGCUCAGUUAAAACAAGUAGGCGGUAUCAAGGCUAUCGGGUUUGACAAAGAUAAUUGUCUGACUGCACCUUACGCUUCCACCAUUUAUCCCCCUUUCAAGGAUACGUGGCAAGAGUGCAAAAAGACGUUUGGUACAGAAAAUGUGAUUAUCGUAUCCAACUCUGCUGGUACGCUUGACGACAAGGAUCAUAUGGAAGCUCAAAAGUUGGAAAACUCCCUGGGAGUGUCCGUGCUAAGACACGCAGAAAAGAAACCGGCGGGAGGUGAAUUUUUAGCCAAACACAUGUAUCCUGUCCUCCCGCAACAAAUGGCCUUUGUCGGUGAUCGAGUGUUCACCGACGUCAUCUUUGGUAAUCGCAAUGGAAAUUUAACGAUUUGGACAGAUACCGUGGUAACAGAGAAAGGAGAUAAUAAGGCUGCUUUGGUGUUAAGAAGGAUCGAGCAUCAUUUAAUCCGGUUCUUGCAAAAGUGUAACGUGCAACCGCCACCCCAUCCUUACAUGAACAAAUAACAGAAAGAAAGAAAAAAAAAAAAGUAUUUUCUGAAGAAAAUGAUAUGGGUUUUAGUGAUUUGAAAAAAAAAAAAAAAAAAAAAAACUAUUUACUAAAGAACAUGAUAUAAUUUUGGUGAAAAGAAAAGUGAGAGACAGUGAGCGAUUUAU